CAGCGUUGGGUCAAAGCGCAAAUUUACCGUCUACGGGUGACUUAAAUGUUAUAAAGGAAACCAACAUGACUCCGAGUCAACUGCUUAAGAUGUGGGCUGAGACAAAAUGUCAAAAAAAUGAAGUUAAAGAAGAUACUAAGGACGCUGUAACAAUAGAUCUGAAGAGGUUACGCGAUAUGCCCGCAAAGCUAGUAGCUACAUGCGAACACGCUUUGGAGGCCAGAAAAAAUCUAAUAGAAUGGCUUGAAAAUUUAAAAAAUUGUGACAAGGGAUGUCCAAAGAGUACUCUUGGAAAAAAGAUAAAUGAGUUCAUUGCAGAAAACGAUAUGUUAAGUAGUUCUUUGAAAAAUCAAGAGAAUGAAUUUCUCAAGGAAAUUAGUGAUUUCAUAAGAACUUGUUGGAAUGAGGCAGUAUCCGUACAGCUACGCAACGAAGGUCUGAUUUAUGAAUUGUCUGAGUUAAAUGCCUUGAAUGCAAAUCUUAAAAAACAAAUUACCAAUUUUGAGCGCCAGAAAACAUACAUAAACAAAGCAAAAGCUGAGGGCUUAGAAACAGAACUAAAACAGGAAAAAAUGAAGAGAAUGUGCAUGAAAGACAGGUUGUCUCGCGCGGAGGGACAAAUUAAGAUCGGCGAAGAACGGGCGACACUUCUGGAAUCCGCUCUCAAUGAAGCGCAGGCGCAGACUCGAACCUUAGAACGCACGAAACAACAGCUACAUGAAAAGAAUCAACAGUUACAACAAGAGUUUAACACAGAAUUGGACAAGUUAAAGGAAUGUAUGAAACAAAAUACGAUUCAUUUAGAAGAAAUAGUUCUCGCUAAAGAAAAGUUGCAAGAAGAAAAAGAAGAACUGAAAAACAAACUUGAAGAAUUAUCUAAGCAUUAUGACGAAUCCAUGUCAAAUAUGAAAGAGGAAAUAAAUAAAAAUAUCGUUAAUCUGAUCGACGUUGAAAAAAAAUACAACGAUGAAAUUGAAAUCAAAAAGCAUUUGCAAGCAACAAUUGAAUCUCAAUGUGCCCAUUUAGUUGAAUCGGAAUUACGUAAUAAAGAGAUGUUGCAAAAGUUGCAAGAAAAAGACUCUGCAUUGGGUGAACUUGUCAUUUAUAAAAGUAAAUUUGAACAAGUCCAACAGAAAUUGGAUGAAUCAAAAAUUGAAAUCGAAAAAUGUAAAAAACACUUGACAGAAUAUACGGACACCAUUCAGGAAUUAGAGCAAAAUUUGAAAAAUUCCCAUGAAUUAGAAAACAAAUUAAGUGAAGACAUUCAUAACAAAACGGAGUACAUAAAAGAACUGGAAAUCAAGCAACAACUUUUGAUUGAACAAUCACAUGAAAAUGAAUCCAAAAUGGAAAUGUACGAAGACCAAUUACUUACAUUAAAAAAACAUAUUACUAAGUUAAAAGAACAUUUUGGUGAAUUUGAAAAUCUAAAUAAUCUUCAUGAAAUGAUAAACAAAGAAAAUGCUACAUUCAACGAUACGAAACGCCAAAAUAAUGAACUGCUUCAAGAAAUAGAAAAGAAUAAAGAUAUUUUGAAACAAUUAACAGAUUCUAUAGCUGAACAAGACGAACUUAUUAAGCAAAAAGGAAAUUUAUUGCAAAUACUUUCUGAAAAACAAGACGAACUAGCAGAUAUUUCACAAUUAAAUGCACAAAUUUUUGAAAAGAACGCCGAAAUUGAAGCUAUUUUGAAUAGUUUAGAAUCCAGGAAAGAACAGAUCGAUCAAUUAGAAAAAAUAGUUCUUACUUUAGAAGAUCGAAUCCGCAAGGCCUGUAUUCAAAAGCGAAGAGAUCACGAUAAAAUUUGCGCACUUGAAAAAAAGGUUUUCGAACACGAAUAUUGUUUAAAGCAUCAAAUCAAAAAUGUACCAUCUAACGAUCUCGAUAAUAUUAUUAAAAUACUUGAAGAUGAAUUAGGAAGUCAAUUUACACCAACAAUUGAAUCGCCGAUAAUUAACACAGAUCAUAACUAUUUUAAUCUUAUCAAUCAUAAUGAAAAUAAUAUAGCUGACCGUGGCGAAUAUAAAGAUUACGACAUAAAAAAAUCAUUUACACAAAUAGAAAAAGAUAAGGCAGCAACAAAAUAUGUGAGGCUUACCUGCGAAAAAAAAAACAUCAAUUCUAAUAAUAAUGAUGAUAAACACAAUGCCGAAAAUCUUGCACGGAAACAGGCAAUAACAAAUAUCGAUGCUCAGAAAUGGAUACCGAGUGCUGAUAGCAAAAGUACUUUUAUUCCUAUGUCGCAUUUCAAUAAUGACACAUUUUUAUGCGUUAAAGAAAAAAAACCGCUUCUGCUUUCAAAAGAGAAAUUAAAAAAAUUACAUUGUAUUGAAUCGAAUCAGGCUCGUGACCAAAAAAUAUAUAAAAUGUUUAAAAAUUCUAGUCACCAGCUGUAGUAAAUAUAUUUUGU